UAUUUAGCAAGCUGAUAAUUGGAUCAUUCGUUUGCUUGAGAUUAAAACAGUACCAAAACUCUUUUCACCAUACCACUCCCCCUUUUAUCUGUCACACCGUCUAGGUUCCUCCAACUCGUCAAAACCUAAGCAGAUACUCAUCUAGUUUAUACCCUCUGUGACUCUACUAACUUCUGUACGGACGCAACUUAAGCACUGCAGACACUAAAGAAAUCUUCUAUACAAUAGAACUCGCGGUAGAAGACUGCUUUUGAACGUACCACCUCGGAAUCUACGCCCUCAUUCACAGACACACCUAUGUCUAUCGCUGUCAUUUCAGGAGGAACCGCCACCAACGAGCUCGUGUCGCUUUUCUCCAACAUCUCCUCAUCCGUCUCUUAUAUCCUCCCGAUCAGCGACAAUGGUGGGUCUACGUCUGAGCUUCUCCGAGUGAUUGGCGGACCGGCCAUCGGAGACAUCCGCUCGCGCAUCACGCGGCUCAUCCCAGAAAAGUCCGAGCCAUUGCGUCGCCUCCUCUCAUACCGUCUCUCCGACGACCCCUGGCACGCCAAAAAUGAGUGGACGGAGAUCGUAGAGGGUAACCACCCCUUGUGGGCCCCCAUCGAAGCCUCGUUAAAGGAAAUCUUUCGGUCGUUCCUAAUUCAUGUUCACGUGGAGUUGCUCAAGAAGUCGCGCAAUCCACUGACAAAGUUCCGCUUCGAGCUCGCCAGCAUUGGCAACUUGUUUCUCACAGGCGCGCGACUCUUCUGCGGCUCACUAGAUGCGGCGAUUGAGUUAGUUUUGCGCCUUGCCAGAGUCGACGAACGAGUAAAGGUUUUGCCAUGUUUGAAUACGAACUUCACAUACCACAUCUCGGCCCUCCUCGAGGACGGCAGCAUUGUCACGGGCCAGUCGCAGAUCUCGCAUCCAAACACCUCGGGGGCGAGCCCAAUGGCCCUGAUUGUGAAAACCGGGCCACUGACCCCGGUGGACUUCCUCUACAACGAUAUGAGUCACUUGCUUAACUCAAACACAGACCUACCGCGGUUUCUCCAGGAAGUGGACCCGGAGGAAUCCGAGGAUGCCAAUCCACCGUAUUCCCACCCAGAACUUCGCCUUUCUCAACUUCAUUUCUCGAAGAUGGAUAACAUUCCGCCGCUUCCCGCCGCCGUAGAACGCAUCUUCUACAUCUCUCCGUUUGGCGAGGAGAUCCACCCACAGGCCCACACGCGGGUAGUUAAGCAGUUGAAGGAGUCGCAUAUGGUGGUGUAUUCCAUCGGCAGUUUGAUGACCAGCGUGGUGCCAGUGUUGGUGCUCAAGGGUGUGGGACAGGCGAUUUCCCACGAUACAAACUCCAAGAAACGCGUACUUUUAUUGAAUGGGAGUCUCGACAGAGAAACAUACAACAUGUCCGCACUGGACUUUAUCGAGACGAUCGUCGAGAGCUGUUUGUAUUCGCAGAAUGUGACGUUUACCCAUAAAAACCAAAAAUCUCUGUCGCCGAUUGGCCACCACUACGGGCCCCGUGUCCAAGAGAACGAGCAGGACUGGUCGCGGUAUAUAACCCAUUUGGUGCACUUGGAAUACUCUCAGAUCCCCGUAGAUAAGGCGGUAAUUGAGCAGAGGGGGGUUCGGUGCAUUGCCGUAAGGAAUGCCGUGGAGGAUGGCGAGGUUCAAAAUCUCUAUGACUUGGAGGGGCUACAGAGGUGUUUGACUGAUUUAAUGUGAAAAUGUCAAGACGGGGAGGCAGAUCUGACUUGAAAAACAAGUUGCAUUAUUUUGGAUCCGCACAUCAGGUGAGGUAAUGCCAUUCCUCAGUAAAUAUUCUACGGCCAUUAUUGUUAUUUAUCUAGCUUGCUCAUCCGAACCAGGAAUUUAAGCAAUUUACAGUAAAUCCAAUCCUACGUGGAUUAUUGUUAGAUACCUAGCUCCAACACCCAUUCCAACUAAGGCCAAUAAACUGAGCACC